AUGGGGGUCAGCAGAAAACUACUAUCAGCUGAAAGCUACUUCACCUGCUGUCGCCACGGGCAGCACUGUGCUUUAGCAAGCACACUCCAGCACCAAACACCAGACCUACAGAUGAAACCACAGGAUGGACUCAGCCAUCCCGGCAAGCUGGCGAUGCUGGCAGUCCCGGGGUCACACCCUUGGCUCUUAGGAGCCUUUGCUGAGCACGAGCCGCCAGCUCCCAGACAGGGGCCCAACUCUGCCUCAGGCUCCUCCAUGAGUCAGGACAGCUGCGGCCCCCUGCCCACUCGCAGUCGCCUCCGGGAGCCCCCAGCCCCCCGCCUCAAGAGCCUGUGGGGCAGAAGAGGAAAGACCCGGGCUUGCCAAGCCAUCCUGCCCCAGCCCAGCACUGCAUCCAACACGCCCGGCUCGGGGAGCAGGGGCCUGGCCAUCCUGCCGCCCCAGGAGCCACGCGGGCCCCUGCCCACCCAAAGCCCAGGCCUCCGGGACGGAGAUUCUGCGGUGCGCCCGGCUGCGGCUUCGGGCCGGCCCGAUUUCAGCACAGCCGCGGUGGACAGCUCCACGCACAGCCCGGGCCCCAGGCUGGCGCUGCGGUCCCUGCCGCCUGUGCACAAAGACACUCAGAGGCCCUGCAGCAGCUGCACCCGGGGCAACCUGGGCCCCCAGAGGACCAGGGCUGCUGGCAGAUGCCCCAGCCUGUCCUCCGGUCCCGGGAAGGAGGCCGCCGGGGUGCAGUCGCAGGCCGGCAGCUGCUUCCCGCCGCUUGGCGAAACGCCUCUCAGAAACGGCUGCCGCUUCCCAGGCAGGAACGCACUCAUCUCUGGAUGUGAUGGUCCACUUUCCAGCGAGAAGGGAGAGGCCUCGGUGAGCUUCACCCCCGGGAGACGCGGAGCCAGCCCAGGCCGGGGUGAGGUCUCGGGCUGCCCAGUCACAGAGGGCCUGGCCCGCUGCACGGCGCGCCCGUCAGCUGCUGCAUCACUGGGCGUUUACCCGUGUGGCUUUACGGGGGUUUCUGGGGCGGGCCGACGAGACAUAAGGAAACACAGCCCCCUGAGAGGCCUGCAGGCCCCGCAGGGCGCCGUGGGGCGACGAGACCGUCUUCUGGUGGGCGCUGUGCACUCCCUCCCGAUACAGCGCAGGAUGACAUCUCGUGACAAAGAAAAGGCGAAACACGGGCCCCUCACACACAGACUGAAUCCCAGGGAGUCGGGCUGGACGCAGCGACACGUCAGGCUCCAGUUCUUUGCUCCAGUGAAGCUGCCCAUCCAGGGAGUGGGGGCGCCAGGGCACUGGUCGGGGAGGGCUGGGGGUGGGGGCACGGCAGAUGAAAGCAGCCCAGACGUCCCCGGCCUGGGCCAUCUUCACGUCUCCCGGGGUGACCCUUCCUACCCAGACCACCCCGAGCUGCGGGUGCUCCAGCUGGGCUCCCGGCUGGUCACUGCUGACCUGCACUACGACCAGGGCCAUCCGGGGCCCCAGUUAAGUGCCUACUAUGUGUCAGAUCCCCUGCUGGGGGCCAAGGCAUAUGAGACAAAAGGUCUCAGAUGCAACCCUGAGGAAGACUCGAGGCUGAGUGUGAAGCGGGGCAGGGACUCCUGUUACGCGACAGAUCACGGUCCUCACCAGAAGCUGGUGCUCAGCAAGGGGGGAAAUGCCCGUAUUCAUCCUCCAGGCCGCUCCUUGCCCCCCUCCGUGGUGCUGUGUCUCGUUUUCCUGAGUGAGCAGAGCCCUGCAGCUGCCUACAGGCUGUCGCCCAGGCUGGGCGCUCCCAUCCGGAAAAGAAAAGGAGCUCGGCAUCCCCGGAGGACCUCGCUGUCCCAGGACGCCCGCUCCUGCGCGGGCCGUGCGGGCAGGACCCUGGGGACCGGGAGCGCGGGACCCGGCCCUUCUCGCGUGAGCCUGGCGGGGACGCGGGCCGCCUGA